UUUAUUUAUACCAGAUCGCACCUCCUGAGGAGCGCCGUGGAUCGUUUUACCUUCUCGCCGUUUCCCAACGUCUCGCGUAGCGGAGGCGAUCGGAAGGUUGGUGAAGGCGUCUUGAUAUUCCUGAUCUUCGAGUUCGAUUUGGUCUGAGGAGGAUGGCGGAGGAGCAGAGAUGCCAGGAAGGGCACCGGCUGUGCGCCAACAACUGCGGGUUUUUCGGGAGCCCCGCGACCCUCGACCUCUGCUCCAAGUGCUAUCGCGACCUCCGCCUCAAAGAAGAUCAAGCCGCCUCCGCCAAGGUGGCCGUGGAGCGGUCUCUUUCCCCUCCGCCGCCGCCGUCGCCGUCGUCUUCCUCGCCUGUCCCAUCCUUGUCCUCCCCCUCCGCCGCAUCAUCUUCCCCCCUCGGGGCGCCUUCGGGAACAGCGGCCGCCGUGGACACGGCUAGCCGGCCGAUCCGGUGCUUGUCGUGCCGGAAGAAGGUGGGCCUCGUGGGGUUCCGCUGCCGCUGCGGGGAGACCUUCUGCGGGGAGCACCGCUACCCGGAGCGCCACUCGUGUGCCUUCGACUACAAGGCGGCCGGCCGUGACUCGAUCGCACUCGCCAACCCUCUCGUCAAGGCUGACAAACUCCGCAAGAUCUAGACCGCCAGCGACCUCCGACCUCUACUGCCGCCCCUUGCCCUCGUCGCUGCCCGUAGCUGAUCCCUUCCUUAAUCAAUUUCGUAAUUUAGAACUACAAGUCUGGAUUCGAUCGAAUUGCCCUGUUUCUUUGUAUCAGAAAUUUCUCAUGUGAAAUGUGAAUAGAGGAUCAUGAUACUGCGAUCAUCCUCUUUAUUUAA